AUGUCGCUCAACUGCAGUAAUGCGUUCUUGUUUGUCACCAAUGGAUACGUUCGUCCUGUUAAUCCUUAUGGAUUCAUAAAUGAGACCUUGACCUUGACCUGCAACGUGACGAAGGACAGUUUGGCAGGCAACAUAUCUGGAGGACUCUUCUUCAAGCUGACGUUUCUGAAAAAGGUCAAGGUUCUUCCCAUGCACUUUGUUACCCAAAUAAGUGACCGAGCCAUACAGCUGGACUACCCUCUGACGUCACGCCGAGACCAGGGCCAGUACACAUGCAAACUGAACACAACGGACGUCUUCAUAGGCGAACAGCGAGUUCAUGUUGAAUAUCGGCCCAGGAAGGUGGAGAAGCUGGACUGCCGCGUGUUCGACUGGAGGAACAUGACCUGUCGGUGGGACCUGGGAGUGGACUAUAUAAAUAGGGACAUGGUGACGUCCCAGCUGUUUUGGGAAAUCAAGGGUGGCGCCAACAGAUGCCCUCAUUCAAGGGCGACAACCUGCAUCUGGAAAGAGACCGAGGAAGGAAACAGAGUGGAUUUUUUCAAACCACAUCAAAAUUACUUAAUGCAAGUUAAUGUGUCUGUCCACAGAAAGGAGCCCAAGAAAUCACUGUUGGAUACUGCGGCAUCGGAGGUGUUUUCUAUAAACCCUCGAAAUCUGGUGGAACCGGCUCCUGUGCAGUCGGUGACUGUGGGUAACAGGACCAGCACGUGCUUGUCUCUGCGGUGGAACCAUGAACAGUACAUGUGGGGAAUGAUGUACACCGUGCACGUUCAUCAGAAACAGGGAUCUGUCUUAAAGGUAACCCUGCAGACUCACCAGUAA